AUGCUUCGCUCUAAGUUCCCUACCGCCCACCACUUUACGGUGUCCAUUUUUGGAGCCCAGUACCACGCCGACUCACCUUCGGAGGAGAAGCUUGCCCUUAUCAACCGAUUCGACGGACUCAUCAAGGGCGCUGCGAUUCAUGUCGAGGAGCUCGAGCAGAAUGACCUCCCCUCCAAGGUCUGGAUGAGCUACUGGGCCUCGCCUCAGGCCUUCAAGACAUGGUGGGAGAGCCCGAAGACGGCCGCCUUCUGGUCCGCCCUCCCUGCUGAUGCCGGAUUCUGGAGAGAGACCGUCAGCAUCCCCGCCACCCGUGGCAUGUACGAGUCCAACAAGCCCCAAGCGUCCGGCUUCGGCCACUGCGGCGAGGCCAUCCCCCUCACCGCGAAGACCGGCUACUGGGGUGCCUACCGCUCGCGCAUGACCCCCGAUUCCCCGGAGGACAAGUUCGAGUCUCCCCUGCCUGCCGUCCCUACACCGAGGCCUCUCAGCGAUAAGAUCCGGUCCGGCAGAGUCAGAGUCUCCAAGUUCCCCGACAACAUCAACUUCGUCGUCGAGGGCCAGGACUACAGCUACAUGAACGAUAACGAGCGCGCACACUGGAACGAGAACUUCGACGGCCUGACCAAGCAAUGGGUUACCAAUGUCAUGGCCGCUGGCCCCGAGAAGGGCAUGGUCAGCGCCAGAGCUUGCCAUGCUUUCGCCGGCGACAAGCAACCCGGAGCGACGAACGGCGCUGUCAACGGACACUCUACGAUCGGAACGAAUGCCGUGAACGGCACCGACGGCGUCAACGGUGCCAACGGCCACACCAACUCCAUCUUCCCUGGUCUCGACUACAUUCGCCAGGCCCAGAUCCUCUUCUGGUUGGAUCUCUCAAAGAUGGAGUACAUCGGUCGCUACGACAAGGUCCACGUCAAGCUCAGGAAAGACUUUCUUGCUGCGUAUGGACCUGGUGGAGUUAUGGAGGGGGGUGAUUUGUUGCUCUGGGUUGACGCUGCAAUCCUGAAGGGUGAGGAGAUGGACGCUGAAUAUGUGGGUUGCUACGACGGUACAGGGUUCCUAGCGUACGACGAUCACCCGUCAUUCGCUAGCGAGGUGGUGGAGGCUUCGCAGCUCCCGUCCUUCUUCGACAAGCCUAUUCCGUCCCAGCCUAUUGAGUGGUAA